AUGGUGCUGGUCACCGGUGUUACCGGGGAUGCCCAGGCACCAGUGAGGCUGGACAAGGGAGCACCGGAGCAUGCCAGGCAGGGGGUACCGGACCGCCGGCGCCGCAUCAGCCCCGCUGACGGCAUUGUGGUCCCCCAGCCCAGUGGCACCCGUGUGCCGAUGGAGAUCGUGCUGCUGAACAAGGUGGGCUCCGGCUUCCGCGGCGUCAUCCACCUCCUCGACUGGUUUGAGCUGCCUGACAGCUUCGUGCUGGUGCUGGAGCGUCCGGAGCCGUCGCAGGAUCUCUUCGACUUCAUCACGGAGCGGGGGUCCCUGUCCGAGGAGCUGGCGCGGGGGCUUUUUCGCCAGGUGCUGGAGGCCGUGCGGCACUGCCACAACUGCGGCGUCCUGCACCGCGACAUCAAGGACGAGAACAUCAUCGUCGACCUCGCCACCGGUGAGCUCAAGCUCAUCGACUUCGGCUCCGGCACCUUCCUCAAGGACACAGUCUACACCGAAUUUGACGGAACGCGGGUGUACAGCCCACCAGAGUGGAUCCGCUACCACCACUACCACGGCCGUUCGGCAACGAUCUGGUCCCUGGGCGUGCUGCUCUACGACAUGGUCUGCGGGGACGUCCCCUUCGAGCAAGACGAGGACAUCAUCCAGGGUCAGCUCUUCUUCCGACGGCGGGUCUCUCUAGAGUGCCAGCAUCUCAUCAGGUGGUGUUUGUCCAUGCGGCCCUCGGACAGGCCAUCUUUGGAAGACCUUUUCAACCAUUCUUGGCUGCAAGGCAUUCACCUGCCCCAGGAGACAGCAGAGAUCCACCUGCACAGUUUGAUCCAGGAGCCUGGCAAGUAACAGCUCCACGCAUCUCCUGGCCAUAAGAAGCAAAGAAAACCAGACUUCUUCCUCGUGACCGUAGCACUGAGCAGGGAUCAUCAGAUGGGAACACGCACAUCUUGUCCUGGAGCUGGGCUGGAGACCUGGUCUUCCAAGCGCUGGUGGCCACCAUCCAACCCAGCUGUCCUGGACUCCAUCUGAAUCAUCCUGUCUCAUUUGAUGUUUUGCCAGUAAAUUUUUUUUUUUUGGUUUGGGUUCUGGUUUUGGGGGCUCCCAGGUGUCUUCCUGACCUGCUGAAUUCGGGACCGCGAGAGGAUCGGAGACCUUAUUGCGAGAAAAGCUCCGACGGGGGAAAACUGACUGGGGGGGGAGGGCAGGUACCGUGGCCGAAUGGCUGUCUCUUCUCCGCUGUCACCGUGCUCGAGUGCCUUCAGUUGCGAUGUGGGCUGUGCUGGAGGAAAUACUUGAAUUUUCCUACACUGCUGCUUUUCCAAGACUCGCCUGGGUAUAUAGUUCCUUUUCCCUUUUCCAAAAGAAAACAGGUCAGAAGAUGCUUGGGAGCCAAGCGGGCGAUGCCUCGCCUCCCGUGCCUCCAUCUCGCGUGGAUUUUCUGGGGUUCUUUGCUUCCCUGUGCCCUCACGAAUGCACAAACAAUGCAAACCAACAGAGCUGUAAAUGUGUACAAAGUUAUAUAGGAGCAAAGCUUGAUGUACAGUUGUUAAUAGUGAUAACAUUUUACCUUUUUUCUUUUUUUCCAGUUUUUGUUUUUAAUUUA